AUGGGGUGGGUGCGCAUCAGCCUUGCUAGAAAUGAAACCCCAUCCGGCUACUGGAAAGAUGAUCCCCAAACAGGACAACGAUGGUGGCAAUGGGACGAGGCCAGGGCCACCGUGCGGCACCCGCUGCGGCGGGAGAAGGGCGUUGCUCAAGCACCGGGUGACUCAGAGGCGUCCGGAAGGCCGGCAUGUGGCGAGAGGCCGCAGGAUUGGUGCCGGGAUGCGCACACAGCGACGAGGUGCGGAGUGCUGGAGCAGUGCUGGCCGGGGGACCCAGCUCUGGUGAAGGGUGUCCCGUGCCACCUGUGCCAGGUGGUGGUCUCCGUGGUGGGGAAAAUCCUGCAGGACAACUGCACUGAGGACAAGCUCCGGGCCUUCCUGGAGAAGGGCUGCCAGCGCCUGCCCUUCCAGGACUGGUCCACGCGCUGCAAGAAGAUGGUGGACACAGGCAUCCUGGUGCUCACGCAGCUGGGCAAGCAAGUGCUGGGGUCAGAGGGCAGCACGCCACUCUGCGAGGUGUGCCAGUUUGCCGUGAAGACAGCCGAGAGCCUCCUGGAGAACAACGUGACUGAGGAGCAACUGGUCAACGACAUCGAGAAGGUGUGCUACCUGCUGCCCCACAGCAUCAUCGGCCAGUGCAAGGACUUCGUGGACUCCUACGGCAAAGCCGUGGUCAUCAUGCUGCUGGAGGCCACCGACCCGCAGGCCAUCUGCACCCUGCUGCGCUGCUGUCCCAAGGCCCCCACAGGUACGGAGGGUCGGGGGAUGGCUGAGGCGCUGGAGCGGCUCUCGGCGGGCGCCUUCUGCAACGUGUGCCAGAUCGUCAUCACCUACUUCGACAACGAGCUGCUCAAGAACGAGACGCUGGCCGAGCUGAGCGACAUGCUGGACAAGGGCUGCGAGCUGCUUCCCCCACCGCUCACAGGCAAGGUACAUGUCCCCAGCCCCAGACCAGCUGUGUCCCUACAUGGCACCGCGGCGCUGCUCACGGUGUCCCUGCAGUGCGAGGCGCUCGUCAUGCAGUACGAGCCAGAGGCCGUGCGGCUCCUGGUCCAGAUGAUGGACCCCAACUUCGUCUGCACCAAACUGCGAGCCUGCGACUCGCCCGAGGAGGAGGAGGAUGAGGAGGAAGAGAAUGGGGACUCCACCCCCUGCGCCCAGGGCCCUGAAUACUGGUGCCAGAGCAUUGUCACUGCCGCCGCCUGCAAUGUAAGCACCCGGGGGGCCACCGGCCCGUGCAUGUAGGUACCCACCCCUGGUCCCCGCUGCUCACACCAUCUCUGCCCACCUCCGCAGGCCCUCGAGCAUUGCGAGCAGCACGUGUGGGGCUAG